CAGCAGCAGCAGUCAUCCAAGCUAUGUGUGCCCGGAGAGCAGCCCAUUCUCACCCCCUGACUGCCAUUGUGCUUCCACCUGCAGCUGCCCUCACCCUGCACCAGGAAAGGACCAUGCAGGGGAUACAGGCAACCCAUCCUAUAUCAGGUCGAUAGAGGAGCAUCAGUCAGGGAACCAGCAGAUACACUUUCAAGAAGGUUAAAAUGAAUGAAGAUCUGAAAGUUAAUAUAAGCUGGCUGUCUCAGGACCUUGUAGAAACCAGCUCUCCAGAGAAUGUAUCAGCGGCAAUUUCCUCUCUGAUCCCAGUGCUAGAACCACCGCCUGAACCACAGCUUCUCGUCAACCCGUGGGAUAUUGUUCUCUGUACAUCAGGAACCCUCAUCUCUUGCGAAAAUGCCAUUGUGGUGCUUAUCAUCUUCCAUAAUCCUAGUCUCCGAGCCCCUAUGUUCCUCCUAAUUGGCAGCCUGGCUCUGGCAGACCUUUUGGCAGGUGUCGGAUUGAUUGUCAAUUUUAUUUUUGCCUAUCUACUACAAUCAGAAGUUGCCAAGCUAGUCACCGUAGGACUGAUCGUUGCCUCUUUCUGUGCCUCUGUCUGCAGCUUGCUUGCUAUCACAGUUGACCGAUACCUAUCGCUCUACUACGCUUUGACUUAUAACUCAGAGAGAACUGUGACAUUCACGUACGUCAUGCUUGUACUUCUGUGGGGAGCGUCUACCUGCGUCGGACUGUUGCCCAUUAUGGGCUGGAAUUGCCUUAAGGAUGAAUCGACGUGUAGUGUGAUAAGGCCUCUUACGAAAAACAAUGCAGCCGCACUUUCCGUCUCCUUCCUGCUCAUGUUUGCCUUAAUGUUGCAGCUCUAUAUCCAGAUCUGUAAAAUAGUGAUGAGGCACGCACAUCAAAUCGCUUUGCAGCACCAUUUUUUGGCUACUUCCCAUUACGUCACAACUCGAAAAGGAGUGUCUACCUUGGCUAUAAUAUUGGGGACAUUUGCCGCCUGUUGGAUGCCUUUCACCUUGUAUUCUUUAAUAGCUGAUUACACCUACCCGUCAAUUUACACCUAUGCCACCCUGUUGCCCGCCACUUACAAUUCCAUCAUCAAUCCUGUAAUAUAUGCGUUUCGAAAUCAAGAAAUCCAGAAAGCGCUGUGGAUGAUAUGUUGUGGUUGUAUCCCAUCAAGUGUGUCACAAAGGGCGAGAUCACCGAGCGAUGUUUGAUAAAGGAUAUUCUCAAUUUAUCAGUCCGAGUGGUUUCGUUUUUUGGUUUAUAACCCAAUAUGUUUUCAAUAUUCUGGAGUUUUAAAAACCCGAACACACUUUAACGUAAGCUAACAA